GUGUCAAUCACACGACAGCAGCUACAGCUCAAUUCCCACGAGCCUAUAAUAACAACUCUGAAAUAUUUGGCAAUGAACCAGCCUUGGACCAACAAGCCACAGCUAUCCUGAAUAUUGUAGCACUAGUCAAAAAGACAUACGAAGGAAUCACCAAAUGA